CUAAAAAACGUUCGAAUUGUCAAAUGCUUGUAAACAUCGAAAAUUCGAACCUGAGAUAUUCGAACAUUCGCAUUUUUUGACAGCUCGCGGCAGACAUUCUUCGUGGUUGCGCACAUUAUUGAAGUUUUCCAGUGCAAAAACUUUUAGUAAAAUCAAAAAAUGUCGUUCGCCCUGAGAAGCACAGCUCGUUUGGCCGCCUCUGUCCGACCGGCUCUACGGUCGAUGCAGUCCCGCAGCUAUGCCGACGACAUGGCAUUCACAUUGGCCGCCGCCAACAAGGUGUACUACGACUCUGCCAAUAUCCGGCAGGUGGAUGUGCCCUCGUUUAGCGGUGCCUUCGGUAUCCUGCCCAAGCACGUCCCCACCCUGGCUGUACUGAAGCCCGGUGUAGUCACCGUUUACGAGCAGGAUGGGGCUCAGAAGAAAAUCUUUGUUUCCAGCGGCACCAUUACCGUUAAUGAGGAUUCCUCCGUUCAGGUUUUGGCCGAGGAAGCUCACCCCGUUGAAGACCUGGAUGCCGGUGCGUGCCGCGAAAUUCUGUCUAGCGCUCAGAGCCAGCUGUCCUCCGCCUCAACCGAUAAGGACCGUGCCGAGGCCGGAAUCGCAGUGGAAGUUGCCGAAGCCCUGGUGAAGGCUGCUGAAUAAGCGUGAUCGUGGUAAAAACUGCCAUCUCAGAUACAACUUUUGUCGAUACUGUUCUUAGGAAGCUUUACAUUCAACAUACACGGCGAUAAGGCAAUAGUGGAAUUCGAUUGAGCGAAUGAAAGCGACUUCUGCAUUAGAAUUACAGCCAAGUUGCACUGGAACAAAACCAGAAGAGAGGAGGGGAAUAAAACAGACAGCGAGUUUAGAAGUGUAACAA